CACACACACACACUCUCACACACCCACAGCCCACAGUGUCAGUUGGGCUCAUUCAGCAGCAACAGACACUCUGAGCUGUUUGUUUGGUUGUUUGUUUACCUGGUUGUUUAUUUGGUUGUUUGUUGGACGCUGCAGACAUGAUACCCAAGACUCGUCUGGGGAAACGCUCCCCCUUUGGGUCGCUGGUGAGUGAGACAGGAAAGACUGACAUCACCAUGGCCACAGUGGGAGGACAGCUAGGCAUCGGCAAGGUGAAAGGUCACGCAGAUCUGAAGUUCGGAGGCGAGCCAUCAGGCGUCCUCAUUCAGCUGGAUAUUUCCAACCAGCCUCCAUCUUGUCUCUCGUCUUCAUGGCCAGCCUCUCAGGCCUUUGGCAAAUCAGCCAGCAUCAACAUUCCCAAAAGUCACAGAAAUCGUAUGGAGGUGGACAUGGACGAGCUGAUGGCAGCCAUGGUGCUCAGCAGCCUGUCCUGCAGCCCACUGCCGCUGCCGCCGCAGAGCUCCGCCCACAGAGAAGCUGCAGCUCCAUCAAAGUCCAGUGUCGGGGGCAUCGAGCUCUCCGACAGCGGCAGCAGCGGCUACUGGAGCAUCGGCCUCGCCCCCGGAAGCCCCGCCUCCACCUCACCGCCGCCUCCUCCUGACAGUGGCACAGCCACACCCCCCGAUGACGGCUUGGACAUGGAGCUGGAUCAGGUUCUGUUUGAGGAUCCAGCGCCUCGUAAGCGCAGGAACUCCCUGAAGAUGGCGUACAAGUGCUUGUGGCCGAGCUGCGAAAAGGUGCUGACGUCUGUGGUGGGAAUCAAACGUCACAUCAAGACGACUCACCUGUGCCAUGGCAGUGAACACGAGGAAGACUUUUACUACACCGAGAUAAACCAGCACCAGUCUCCCCCCGCCUCACCCCCCUCCCCCUCUUCACCUCCCUCGCCCCCUCCUCCGUCCCCUCCGUCUCCCCCUGCCUUCACCUGCAGCACUCUGAGUCGCUCCGUCCCCUCCAGCACCAGCAGCUCCUGGCAGGUUCAGACUGAGCACUCCUACCAGGUGGCUCUGCCACUCAACCAUGUGGUGUCUCUGGCAGCUCCGCCCACCACCUGCAGCCGACAGGGCAUGACGUUCCGGGUGCGCUCUGUCAGCGUCGGAGAGCAGUGGCUGCAGAACCACAGCGCCCCCUGCAGCAGGAGGAUCCGCAGCGAGGCCAAGAAGUGCCGUAAAGUUUACGGCAUCGAGCACAGGGAGCUGUGGUGCACGGCGUGCCGCUGGAAGAAGGCCUGUCAGCGCUUUCAGGACUGAUCGACCUGCUGAGGAACACGUCUGCUGAGGAAGAGGAAGCAGAAGCGGAGAAGAAAGAGGGAGCUGGGGUUUCACCGGCUCAUGUUUGUGUGUUCUACCUGUACAGUCUAUCUCUGGACUUGUUGGAGACGUUCGGCAGCUUUGAAGGAGAGGGAAGCCUGCAGCGUCCCUCAGGACAGAGACGGUUGAGUCCAGCCUCUUAAAGAAGACAAACGGUUCAUUCAGGCUCAGGUUUUAGUCCGGCCUCUUCUCCAAGCAUGUCCACGUCAUCCUCUGCUGAAUUGGUGGGAGUCCUCGGGGGAGACCUGUGGUGGUCCCGAUCGAGAGAAAGCUGGGGUCAAGUCAACCCGUCCCCUGAGCCACGCCCCACUCUGGUGUAAAAACCACUCAGUAGCCUAUAUGCCACGGUCAUUAAUGACGUAUAUCUGGUAGAAUUCCAGCCACGCUCCUCCCUUCCACUUCCUGGUUACUGACCAUGUUUUUAGCGUUAGCUCCUAGAAUAAGUCCGUUAAAAGGUCACAAAAGUUAAAGCAUCUGUGAUCUACUGGUAUAAAA